AACCCGGAAAUAAACCAUAGCGGUUAAGCUCCAAAUCAGGUGUCGCAUGAAAACAAGCACAAGUUAAACUUGCGAUGCCAUCGAGUUCGAGGGAAUUAAUCAACUGAAGUCAAACUAUGCACCACCACAGCGUCACCUGCGUGUUUGUGUUGGCUUUGUACUGUUGUGGGGCUUUCAUGCGUGUCUCUGCGUGGGUGAAGGAGCCCGAGACUCCAGACUGGAGGACGACUCUGAAAACGAUCCGUAACGGGAUCCACAGGAUUGACACGUACCUGAACGCAGCGCUGGACUUGUUCGGUGGCGAUGACGGACUGUGUCAUUACAAGUGUAGUGACGGUUACAAGCCGGUGCCUCGUCCUGGAUACAAGCAUUCACCACCUAACGGAUGUGGCUCCCCAUUGUUUGGAUUUCAGUUUGACGUAGGCAUCCCGUCUAUGACCAAAUGCUGUAACCAACACGAUCGCUGCUAUGACACCUGUGGCCGAGAGAAGCACGACUGCGAUGAGCAGUUCCAGGACUGUCUUGAAACCAUCUGCAGGAAUGUGCAAAGAACUCUGGGAUUGGCCCAGAGUGUCCAAGCUUGUGAGUCAGCGGUGAAUCUGCUGUUUGAUGCCGUUAUGCACCUUGGAUGUAAGCCGUACCUGGACAGCCAGAGAGGGUCCUGCGUGUGUCAAUAUGAGGUGAAGAAGGAGCUGUGACAUCGCCACACACACACACGACUUCAGAAAAGACUUCAGAAGCUUUACACUAAGAGAAGGACACGGGCAAUAAACCAUUUCUUGCAGACCUUUCUCCGGAUUUUCUCAGGGAUAGAGUGUGGACAGAGUCUCUUGGCUGUCUUUAUAAUGUGCGCACCUUAGACGUAUGAAUGUGUUAUUAUCUUAGGUUACCUUAUUGUAUAAUUAAUAUAUUGCCUGUGCAGUUAAUUAUUUAUAUUUUGUCAACACAGUUUAAUGGAACUUUGACCUGUGAUGAACAGAAAACAGAGGUUUCAUUGUUUCUCAAUCUGUAAUAUGUAUUAAUAUGUAUGAUUUUGUCUAUUGUCAAGAAUAUGGCAAAGCAAUAAUGUUUCCAAUAAUGUAUAAUUGAUAUUAUAAAAUAUUGUGUUUGUUUUUCUGGAAAUCAGCAGCUCAGAAGUACAAACAACUUAUGUCAUUAAAAUCUUAUUUUCCCCAUAGAAACCAUAGAUUUCAUCAGAACUUAUUUAAAUGUAAGGAUUUUUGUUUUUAUUAUUUACACUUGUCAACUAUUUAUGUAGAUUAUUUUCAGCAUGCUGGAUGAAAUAUGUUAAAUUGGACUUUAAAAUACAUUUGUUGGUGAUUUCAGCAAAGUUGAAAAACACUUAAAUAAGAUGAUUUGUUGUUUAACAGAAGUAAUUUUAGUAAUAUUUCAAAUGAAAAUCUGUCCUAAUUUGAAACACUACAGCUGAUGGAUUAAUUAAGAAGGAAACAAAUAAGACCUAGAUAAUAUUGAAAAGAUGCUUAGAAUCAUAUUUUUUUGUUUGUUGUAAAAUACUUAAUGUUGUUGUGAUAAUCUUUGUUAUUAAACUGUCUAAAGAUAA